AUGAAGAUUCAAGAGGAUAAAAAUUUGGAGAACGGCGAGAGUGCGCUAAGUUCCAUUAAUGAGCGUCGGCUAAUGAUGAAGAUUGAUCUCCGCCUGUUGCCGAUGCUCUGUGUGAUGUACAUGAUUACUUUUCUGGAUAGGGUCAACAUCGGCAAUGCCGCCGUUUUAGGAAUGCGGGAUGAUCUGGACAUGGUAGAGGGAACAAAAUACAACGCUGCGCUGAUGAUAUUCUUCAUUCCAUAUAUCCUAUUCGAGAUUCCAUCCAACAUUCUCCUCCACAAACUGAAGCCGCAUGUCUGGCGUGCGUAUCUCGCAAAUCCGGGAGACCGCGUAUACCUGCUCGGCAUGUGGUACAAGCGGUCAGAAGCGCAAAAACGAUACAGUAUCUUCUCCUGCUCGACCAUAUUAGCCGGUGCAUUUGGCGGUCUUCUGGCAUCCGCCAUUGGAAAGAUGGAUGGGGUAAGAGGGUACGGCGGGUGGCGGUGGGUGUUUAUCCUCGAGGGCCUGGCCACCAUCGUGAUGGCGGUUAUGGUCUACUUUGCUCUGCCAGACUUUCCGGAAGACUGUAAGUGGUUGAGUGAGAGCGAGUACGACCAUAUCAGGGACAAGAUGGGGGGCGAGACAGGACGCUUGAAUGGGGAUGUGCGAAUGGGAUGGCGGGAUAUCGCCGGAGUCUUCAAGGACUGGAAGGUAUUCAUCGGUGCCUUUAUGCUGUUUGGACAGGUUGUCAGUGGUUACGGUACCUGCUCCUUGUCCAGAAAGAAACGAUUCGAGCUCAUUUUCUAUGGAGAUACUGAUAUUGCAGGCUACGCCUAUUUCGCGCCAACCAUCAUCCAUACAUUCGGCUAUGGGGAGAUCAAAACCCAACUCUACUCCGUGCCCCCAUGGGCCGCGGCCUUUGGCUGCACCAUGUUGGUCGCCACGCUCUCCGACUUCUUUCGGCAUCGCUACGCCUUCACCAUGAUCGGGAUGUUGAUUGGAAUAGCCGGGUACGGAGUCCUCCUUUCAAUCCGGGACACAGCACACCAUGCAGCUCAAUAUGGCGCGCUAUUCAUGAUCACUUGCGGCUGCUUUAGUGCUUCGCCGGUGUUCCUUUGUUGGUUUGGGAUGAAUCUGGGCGGACAUACCAGACGGAGUGUGGGGACGGCAUUCCAGAUAGGGUUUGGGAACAUUGGCGGUAUUAUCGCGACAUACUCCUUCUUGGAGAAAGAUGCACCCCUUUACCGAAACGGAUAUAUUAUCGGUCUGUCAUUUGCCUGUUUAUCUGCUACCAUGUCGACGGUUUAUUUCUUCGCGGUCAGGUACGAAAACCGGCAGCGCGAGCGGUUAAUGGCGCAGGGUAAGGAGGUUACAGUGCAGGAGGAGGAGAGGCUAGGUGAUCUGGCAUGCACGUAUAGAUACGCCUAUUGA